CACCUUCACCCAAAGCCAACAAAGGACGCCGUCGCCCUUUUUCACCACUUUAUCCCCAUUUUUUAUCUUCGGACCUAGAGGGUUGUACCCACUACACCUCCCUUCUAUCGGCACAGGCAACCGUUGCUGCGGCUCCAACAACUACUCUCCUUACCGGCCUUGCGCCACUCUCUCCUCCGCGCCCAUCUACUCGCCGGAGUAAUCCACCCACCGCGUUGCACAUCAUCACAAUACCACAAUGGCAACCUAUUCAGAUGAAGAGGAGCUUGAUCGCCAGCCCGACGCUGAGGAUAAGGAGGUGAAGGUAGACGAUGGGGGCGAGGACGGUGAGGACGCGGAAGGCGAGGAUGUGGAAGGCGAGGAUGUGGAAGGCGAGGAUGUGGAAGGCGAGGAUGUGGAAGGCGAGGACGAGGAGGAGGAAGAUGAAGAAGAAGACGAAGAAGACGAAGAAGAGGAAUCCGAAGAUGAAGACGACGUUGCGCGGCCGGCGAAGCGACGCAAGAGAUCCAGGCGUAAUCAGCUCCUCGAUGUCGAAGCCGAAGUUGAUGACGAAGACGAAGAGGAAGAAGAAGGCGAGGAGGACCUGGGAGACGAAAUGCACCCCGAUGACGAGCUUCAACCUGGCGUUGCCGACCUCGAUGAUCGCCGCCAUCGCGAGCUCGAUAGGCAACGCCAGCUGGAGUCCUCCAAAGAUGCCGAACAACUUGCCAAGGAGCUCGACGAGAAGUACAGGCGGAGAGAAAUGCAGCGUGCACAGGGCAGGGGUGUCGCUGGUGCUGUGCCAUUGGCGCUCCCCACAGUCAACGAUCCAUCCAUUUGGGCAGUCAAAUGCAGACCUGGCAAAGAAAAAGAGGUAAUCUUGGCUGUCACUAGGCGUCUCGAAGAACGGGUGCGUGCUGGCAUGGCACCCCGUGUUUACUCGGUCUUUGCCCGUGGGAGCACCACCAUGCAAGGUAAUUUCUACGUGGAGGCGGACUCCAAGCAAGACAUGAUUGAGAUCGUGGAGAACAUCACGAAUGUCUUCAUGGGCCAGCCGCAAAUCGCCAUCGAAGUGAAGGAGCGUCCAGACUUGCUGCGCAGACGCCCACGAGCGCCACUCGAGGUCGGCAAAUUCGUUCGCAUGUUGCGCCCUCCUCUGUACAAAGGCGACUUGGCCAAGAUUGUUGAGGUGCACAGCAAUGGACUGGACUGCACCGUUCAGCUUGUUCCCCGUCUCAACUACGGAACUGGAGAAGAUGCCAACGCUAUCGCUGCCGAUAAUAAACGCAAGAGGGCCUUUGGCCGUGGUGUGGUGGAUCGGCCUCCGCAGAAGCUAUUCAAUGAGGCUGAAGCUAAGAAGAAGGAUAUGCGCCACCUGGCAAGCGGUAUGGGAAACAAAACAUUCGUCUACAAAAACGAGGACUACCAGAACGGCUUUUUGAUCAAAGAUGUCAGGGUCAACCACAUCUCCGCCGAGAACGUCAACCCGAGGAUGGAGGAGAUGCAGUUCUUUGCCGUCACUGCCGAAGAUGGAACGGAAACGUUGGAUCUUGUAGCCGUACAAGCGGCUCAAAAGGCUCAGCAGAAAGGCUCCUCCUUCGUGGCGGGUGACAGAGUGGAGAUCUAUGACGGCGAGCAGAAGGGCACUCGCGGUGUCACUGUUUCAGUCACGGGCGAUAUCGUCACGCUGAGAAUCAGCGAUGGCGAGUUGAAAGGACGGGUUACGGAAGCGCCUGUCAAGACUCUGCGUAAGCUAUUCUCCGUAGGUGACCACGUCAAGGUCAUCAGCGGUAGCCACUACAUCGAUGAAGUGGGUCUGGUUACGAAAGUCAAGGGCGAUAAGGUCACUUUGCUUUGCGAUUCGACUCAGCAGGAGAUCACGGUGUUCAGCAGGGAUCUUAAGCUCGCGGCUGAUUCAGGUACGGUUGGGGCGGACUCCGAAUAUGAGCUCUACGAUGUGGUACAGAUUGAUGCAUCAACAGUCGGAUGCGUUAUCAAGGUUGACCGGGAAGUCUUGCGUCUCCUGGAUCAGAACGGCAACGUGCGAAACAUGCUGCACUCCCAGGUCCAAGGAGUGGUACCCAAGAAUCGCAAUGCCGUAGCCACUGACCGCGAUGGGUCGGAGAUUCAUAACGAUGAUACCGUCAAGGAGCAUGGUGGUGAAGGCCGCUCAGGGAAGGUCAUGUAUAUCCACCGCGGCAUCUUAUUUGUCCAGGCCAAGGACUCUUUUGAAAAUGGCGGCAUCUUUGCUGUCCGGAGCACCAAUGUCACCACAUUGGCGGCGAAGAGCGGUCGUCAACAAGCGGGACCCGACCUUGGGAAGAUGAACCCAGCUAUGCAACCUGGUGGCAACCCAACCGCCAUGCCCCCUCCACAGCGGAUGGUAGGACGUGACAGGCUGAUCGGAAAGACCGUCGGUAUCAGAAAGGGUCCCCACAAGGGCCUGCUGGGCAUCGUCAAGGACACCAUGGCGGACAAUGCCCGAGUUGAGCUGCACACGAAGAGCAAGCACGUCACCAUCCCAAAGGAGUUCCUCAUCGUCAAGGAUCCUGUCACUGGGCAAAACGUGGACAUGGGCGGCAAGUUCGCCAACCGAACAAGAGGUGGAUUCUCAGGUGCCACACCCGCGUACAAUGGACGGACUCCUGGUGGUUGGAACAACUCUUCACGCAAUGGACCGUCUUGGGGUGCCACUCCAGCAGGCGGCCGCACGCCUGGAUGGGGAGGUGCUGGUGGACGGACUCCUGGCUGGGGCGGUGCCGGUGGACGUACGCCGGGAUGGGGAGGCGACGGAGGCAGGACUGCAUAUGGUGGGGAUGGCAACCGCACUGCCUACGGCGAUGGAUCACGGACGGCCUACGGAGGGGACGGUUCCCGAACAUCCUAUGGUGGUGCCACCUCCUAUGGCGGCGCGACUACAUAUGCUCCCACGCCAGGCGCCUACGCUGCACCGACUCCUGGUGCAUACGGAGCGUACUCUGCUCCCACGCCUGGUAACUUCGCGGCGCCUACACCGGGCGAGACGCCUGCUGUGGCCACGCCUGGUGCCUGGGUGGAAACUCCGUAUGGAGCGACUGAGACGCCGGCGCCGAGCGGUCUGGAUGAGGAACCGAGUUAUUCAUGAUUUGGUGUUUUCUGGUGCGGCUUUGUAUCUUUAGAUCGGUAUAAGUUCGAUAUUCAGCAUCUGCUUUGGUCUGUCGCAGACAGUCCGAACGCAAGGACGGUCAGGUCUGGUACACGGACACGGGUAACACCGUGUCGCUCCAAUUACGUACAAUCUCAAUUUCUACGUUUCUGCUAUCUUGGCAAAUGGUGCCCAUGCGCAUCUAAAGCUGGU